AUGGAGAUAUCGUUUAGAAAAACGUCACAGAUGAUUGUGGUCAAAUUUGUUGAAAGUGGAGCAAGACGCAAAAAGUCACCUACAGGAAAACAUACCUGCCGAAAAGGACUCCUCUCCCAGGUGACAGAGAACCUGUAUGUCAAGGCAACUAGUUUAAAAUCGUCUGUUCCUACAAACUGCAGUGUUCGAGAUCAGCUCCUCUCCUUCUAUGUGAAAAAUGUCUUCAGUCGUCUUGAGGUAGGAAGUGACAAGUUGUACUUUAUUAGUGCCUUCCAGGUCCUGCAAGCAAACAUGGAUGCCUGUCUUGGAGAUCAGGGAUUCUACAAGGCCAUCCAUGAACUGGACAUUCUCCUUCCCUGGAUUCAGGCCUACAUACAAACCAUCAUAUGA